ACUUCCGCCCUGAGUUCGUUCGGUCUCUCUGAUCGUGACGUGUAUAACAGAGGAGUCCGUCGCUUGCAGAGGAUGCUACUAUGAAGUUAGCCAGUCUUGUUGCCGGUGAUAUUAAGUGAUUUGCGACAGAGAAAUUAACAAACAAACGGUCAGUGAGUCGGAAGCAAUAAUGCCUCUCAUGGUCGGCGGAGGACAUGUACGGGCUGACAGAAGUGUAAUACGCGUCUUGUUUCCUCUCGCCGCCGUGUUGUUGUUGCUGGUCAGAGUUUCGGCUGUUCCAGAGGAGCUAAAACCUGCCCAAGAGCAGCCACCACAAGAGAAAUCCCCAAGUCCACAUCCAGUGGGCCCUGUAGUUUCAGAAGAUGACUCCACCAAAGGAAACCUGGGUUUCAUUCAUGCCUUCGUGGCCUCCAUCUCUGUCAUCAUCGUCUCAGAGUUGGGAGACAAGACAUUUUUCAUCGCAGCCAUCAUGGCCAUGCGUUACAACCGUCUCACUGUGCUGUCAGGAGCCAUGCUGUCCCUGGGAUUCAUGACUUGUCUCUCUGUGCUGUUUGGGUAUGCCACCACCAUCAUCCCUAGAAUCUACACAUAUUACGUGUCUACGGCUCUGUUUGCCAUCUUUGGUGUGCGCAUGCUGAGAGAGGGGCUGAGAAUGAGUCCAGAUGAAGGCCAGGAGGAGCUGGAGGAGGUGCAGGCAGAGAUCAAGAAGAAGGAUGAAGAGCUUCAGCGGUCCAAGCUGGCCAAUGGGACUCCAGAUGUGGAGGCUGGAUCAGGGACUACCCUGCCUCAGGGAAAGUGGCACAAUAUCAUCUCACCCAUCUUCAUCCAAGCCCUCACCCUCACCUUCCUUGCAGAGUGGGGGGACCGCUCUCAGCUGACCACCAUUAUUCUUGCUGCACAGGAGGAUCCAUUAGGAGUUGCAGUGGGUGGUACUCUUGGUCACUGUUUGUGUACAGGACUGGCUGUGAUAGGUGGGAGAAUGAUCGCCCAGAAAAUAUCUGUCAGAACAGUUACAAUCAUCGGAGGGAUUGUUUUUCUGGCCUUUGCCUUCUCUGCCCUGUUCAUCAAGCCAGAUUCUGGAUUUUAAUUGGGUGAAAGACUGUCAGGUUCACUCUGUACAUACAUGUAAAAUUUGGUUCACAGUUGCUGUAGAGAGACUUUAGUUUUGACUCUGUUUGUGUCUAGCAGAACAGAGAGCCAGAGUCCCAUCCACCUUUCCUAGAAAGCCUCUGCUCCUCUACGUCUCAGAAAACAGUUCUCAAGAGUCUUAACCUGCAGUGCAUACCAAAACCUCAUGGGAGGUGUAACCGCUAAAUACUAACAAGAUAGUCGGUGUUUUAUCUUUAGAGGUUAGAUACACAUUUAGCAUAGAACAGGAAAACCCUGGAAACCUUUCAGGAAGUCUGAAGCAAAACCCUCAGUGACAAGGAAACAUUCAGUACCAGACGAUAGUGGAACAGAGGCUAGCUAGGAGAGAAGGCAGUACUGUGGCUUUCUAUACAAGCUGUAUUCUCAUCACGAGGUGUGUGAGAGAAGUCUUGAUUGUUACUGAUUGCUGCCCUCCCACCUUUUAGUGGUUCUGUGGCUCAGAGACAAAACCUGACAUGCAGCACUUUCCUUACACUCACUGAGUCCAUGUCAAAAUCUUUGCCUUGCCUUUUUGUUUUUAAAUGUUGAAUGGUGUGGGUCUGCUGUGCUUACUAUGGUCCUUCCCCCACAGUGAGGGAAAAACUAGAAAACACAAUCACAGGUACAGAAUUAUGAAAUAGCUUUUGUGAUCUGAUUUAAGUUGAGCUUUUAUUUGAGGCAGAGAUGGACAUAUUUUCCUCAGUUAUUCCCACCUUUGACUGCUGAUACAUAGGAACAAUGUUUCUUUUAAAGAGAUAGACCUGAACCACCACAGUACCUCUGCGUCCAGGUGUCACCAUACCUGACAUACCUGACAUACCCAGUAUCCAGGAAGCUACACCACAGCUUAUCCAGUAGCUUAUGUGCACCUCUUCAAGGACACUAAUCACUCAUUGGGGGAUAUUGAUCAGGGCUCUUCAUACAAACCACGGAUCAGGUUGAAGACAGGCCAGUUGUCACCUUCACAGGUUAACUCUCCCUCUGUGAUUAAAGCCAUUUCCUGUAUGGACCUCACUGCCUCUGUUGUUACUGCCCCAGAACACAAAGUCAGUGCGACAGAGUGUAAUCAUGACUACAUCAGGUACGGAAUAAGUGACGAAUCACCACCAUUUGACCUACACAAAACUAACAGAAUAAGUCACUCCUUUUGCCAUAAGCAGCUGUGUUGUAGCUACUGAGACACCUCAACUGGCAGCAUAAUUCAAGCCAACGUUUCUCCUUUUAUUUAAAGUCGUGUCUAUUUAUUUAGCUUGAUUUUCUUCCCUUUUUAGCAUAUGUACUGUAGACACAGACAAGGGAGGGGGAUAAGUAAAUAGAAACAAGGAGUGGAAUUGUUUUUUAAAAGUGAACAGGCUAAAACUGUGUUGUCAAUAUUUGACAGGCUGUGCCCAGCUGUGAAAUACUUCUGUUUGUGAUACAGGUUGGUUGAAAUGCCUAUAAAUCUGAACUGAUCAAUAAAAAGGUUCAUGUGUUGUCUGA